AUGCCGCUCAAUUUCCCCCUCGUGAGGCGGUGGCUCGUCGGAGCUGGCAUCGUAUUUGUGUCGCUCCUUCUUUUUCGAGAGCAAUUAUUCGAUGCGACGGGGCUGCGAGCCCGUCACCACAAACACCUCGACCACGAUGGCUUUGCCUCGCAUCGCCAGAUGUUGUCCGUUGUUCGGGAGUGGCAGAAGAAAGAGGGAAUAAGAAAGAUUGUUGGACUGGUUUUUUAUGAGAAGCGCCAGGAGGCGUCGAUACUGGACUGCUACCUCAAGCGCAACCUUGCUAAGAACGGCGGCGUCCUCGAUGAAGUUAUUUGGGUGCAUCAAACGAGUGAUGCGAAAGAUUUGGCAUUUUUGGAUAUAUUGAUUCAAUCCGAGGUGCAGUACUCACGGUCGCCGGAGCGUGACGAUGGGGGCGAUGGUGGGACGAGCAACAGCGCUUACGAUCACAUUGAGGACGAUUCAUUAUACAUAAAACUCGAUUCUGGUAUUGUUUACAUUGAAGAUGGGACCAUCCUGUCCAUGGCGCACACUCGAGCCAAGCGAUCAGAUUUCUACCUCGUUUCCGCGAACGUCGUCAACCAGCCACUCAGUAGCUGGCUUCAUUUGAGUCUCGGGGCUGUGAAGCCUUAUCUGCCUGACAACGGGACGUAUACCAUGCCUGAGGGGAAAGUGAACUGGCGCACGUCUCGACUACCUUCGUGGAAGGGGUCUCCUGAAUUUGACGUCGACAAAUGGAUUCUCCCUAAAAAUCGGCAACAUAGAUGGCUACCAGUCACCGGCAAGAAGGACCACAUCCUUCACAAUACUCCAAUUGUCCACACCGUUUAUGACGCCUACAAAGACCAGGGAAAGUGGAAAUGGAUGGCCGCCGCACAACAGCACUACAGUCUGCUGGAAAAUUUGGAGAAGGGCGAGCUCUCGAGGUACAAGUUUCACCUGUGGAACUAUCAAGAGCUAGGAAUGGGCACGCAGUUCAUAGCCAUGACGGGGAAGGACAUCAAUGCUGCCAAACCGAUUGACGUGGCAGACGACCGGCAAUUGGCAGUGGCGAUGCCACGAAAAAUAGGUCGACCUGCGGUGGCUGAUGGAAGAGGUGUUGCUGCGUAUUACAGCUCUAAAGACCAAACCGAGGGGCUGAAGCAGACGGAUAUUUUGGAACGGUAUCGAUCUUUUGCCCAGGAACACAUCUGCAAACGGCGAAUUUUAUGGACUCCGGGUACCGAUGAUUCCUAG